CUGCCUUCUUCUCCGUGCGCGAGCUCGACAGUCCAAAGUAUAAAGAAGCGCGAGCGUUAUUAUCAGUGGAAAAAAGUAGAUUCUGUAUGACCUGCCGCGCGCGGACAGAAGCAAGCUUCCUCCUAGCUAUCUGUCGCUUGUGAUACAGAACUACAUGUCCAUCAGGAUAAACGGACCUCUUUCCAACUUCAGGAGUAACCAUCUUAAAAUGGAGUGGGAAUUAUGGAUUUAAAGCAGAGAGGACUUGAAAUGGGUGGUCUGCUGGCAGAGCUGCUGCUCUGGAAUUGCCUGCUGAUGGCGGUUGAUGGCUCCCCCCUCCUUCUCUUUGCCAACCGAAGAGAUGUGAGAUUGGUUGAUGGUGAUGGUGUGCGGGGCGAGUCAGCCAUUGUUGUCAGUGAACUUGAAGAUGCAGCCGCAGUGGACUUCCUGUUUGAUGAGAGCCUGAUCUUUUGGACUGACGUCAGUGAGGAGGCCAUCAAACAAACCCACUGGAAUCAGUCGUUCAACCCUCUUAAGGAGGCUUUGGGAACUGGUCAAGCAGUGGUUGUGUCUGGGCUGAACAGUCCUGAUGGGUUAGCCUGUGACUGGCUGGGGAAGAAGCUCUACUGGACAGACUCAGAGACCAAUCGGAUUGAAGUCGCCAACCUGGACGGCACCUCCAGGAAAGUCCUAGUUUGGAUGGACUUGGACCAACCCAGGGCUAUUGCCCUUAAUCCUGGACAAAGAUACAUGUAUUGGACAGACUGGGGAGAGGAGCCUCGGAUAGAACGCGCUGGCAUGGAUGGCAGCAGCAGGAAAGUCAUAGUGAAUAAGAACAUACACUGGCCCAAUGGUCUCACCAUAGACCUGGUGGAGGAGAAGUUGUACUGGGCUGAUGCCAAGCUCAGCUUCAUUCACAGAGCCAACCUGGAUGGAUCUGUACGAGAAGCAGUGGUGGAGGGCACCCUGACUCAUCCUUUUGCACUAACAUUGUCUAAGGAGACGUUAUACUGGACUGACUGGCAGACUCGCUCCAUCCAUGCCUGUAACAAACACAGUGGAGACAAAACCAGAGAGAUCCUCGGUGGGAUUUAUUCUCCAAUGGACAUCCAGGUUCUGGAGCCUUAUCGACAGCCUUACAUUCAGACUCCGUGCAGCAACAAUAACGGAGGCUGCAGUCACCUCUGCCUGCUCUCUCCGCUCCAGCCUUUCUACAGCUGCGCCUGUCCGACGGGAGUCCAGCUUAAAGCAGAUGGAAAAACAUGCAAGCCAGGUGCAGAGCAGGUUUUGCUGCUGGCUAGAAGGACAGACCUGAGGAGAAUCUCACUUGAUCUGCCAGAUUUCACUGACAUAGUGCUACAGGUUCAUGACAUUCGACAUGCUAUAGCUAUAGACUAUGACCCAGUUGAAGGUUUUGUCUACUGGACAGAUGAUGAGGUUCGGGCCAUACGACGAUCUUACAUUGAUGGCAGCAAUGCCAUGAUACUGGUUACCAUGGACAUCAACCACCCAGAUGGCAUUGCUGUUGACUGGGUGGCCAGAAACCUUUACUGGACUGACACCGGCACUGAUCGGAUUGAGGUUACCAGACUAAAUGGAACAUCACGAAAAAUUUUGAUUUCGGAGGACCUGGAGGAACCCAGAGCCAUUGUUGUGGAUCCUGUUAAUGGUUUUAUGUACUGGACAGAUUGGGGUCAGCAUCCUAAGAUUGAGAGAGCAAACCUGGAUGGAACAGCUCGGGUGGUUCUGCUCAACAGCUCUCUUGGCUGGCCCAAUGGAUUAGCCAUAGACUACACAGCAGGGAAGCUUUACUGGGGAGAUGCUAAAACUGACAAGAUAGAGGUGAUCAAUGUGGACGGCAGUAACAGGCAGACCCUGCUGGAGGACAAGCUGCCUCAUAUCUUUGGCUUUAGUCUGCUGGGUGAAUACAUCUACUGGACCGACUGGCAGAGCCGCAGCAUUGAGAGGAUCCACAAGGCCACCGCCGUGCGAGAGAUCAUCAUUGAUCAGCUGCCAGAUUUAAUGGGGUUAAAAGCUACCAAAGUCACAGAGACCCACGGUACAAACGACUGUGCAGAGAAUAAUGGUGGGUGCAGCCAUCUGUGUUUUUGGUGUGAGCAGGCAGUCCGCUGUGCUUGUCCCAUGGGGCUGGAGCUCCUCUCAGACCUCCGGACCUGCGUGGUGCCGGAGGCCUUCCUGCUGUUUACCAAUAGGGACAGCAUCAGGAGCAUUUCUUUGGGCACAAACAGCAACGAUGUGGCCAUCCCUCUGACAGGAGUCAAAGAGGCCUCGGCUCUUGAUUUUGAUGUUUCAGAAAGGAGAAUUUACUGGACAGACAUACAGGCCAAGACCAUCAGCAGAGCAUACAUGAACGGCAGCUCCGUGGAACACGUCCUAGAGUUUGGACUUGACUACCCUGAAGGCAUGGCCAUUGACUGGAUGGGUCGUAACAUCUACUGGGCGGAUACUGGCACUAACCGCAUUGAGGUGGCCCGCUUGGAUGGCCAGUACAGACAAGUUUUGGUCUGUAAAGACCUGGAUAACCCACGCCUGCUGGAUAACCCACGAUCUCUAGCUCUGGAUCCUGCCAAUGGCUACAUGUACUGGACAGAGUGGGGUGGUCGUCCCCGCAUAGCCAGAGCCUACAUGGACGGCAACACCAUCAGUACGUUAGUGGAUAAGGUGGGCCGUGCCAACGGACUGACUAUUGAUUAUGUGGAGCAUCGACUCUACUGGACUGAUUUGGACACAUGUAUGAUUGAAUGCACCAACAUGCAAGGCCUUCAGAGGGAGAUUAUCGUGGAUGACCUUCCUCACCCCUUUGGACUCACUCAGUAUAGGGACUUCAUCUACUGGACAGACUUCAACCUGCGCAGCAUUGAGCGGGCUGACAAACGCAGCGGGCUGAACCGCACCGUGGUCCUGCAGGGUCAGCUGGAGCUGAUGCUGGACAUCCUGGUGUUCCACUCCUCCCGUCAGGAUGGGACCAAUGAAUGCUCACAGAACAAUGGGAACUGUGGCCAUCUCUGCCUGGCCACUCCUGCUGGGGCUCAGUGCCGCUGCGCCUUCCACUACACCCUCAACCCUGACGGGAAAAACUGUAGUUCACCUUCAAGUUUCUUGCUCUUCAGCCAGCGGGCCAGCAUUAGCAGGAUGGUGUUGGGAGACCAGAGUCCGGACAUAAUCCUUCCCAUUCAUGUCACGAGGAACGUCCGAGCUGUGAGCUACGAUCCGCUGGAGCGCCUGGUCUAUUGGCUGGAUGGACGGCAGAACAUACGAAGGGCCAGAGAUGAUGGCACCAUGUCUUCAAUCAUAGUUAGCAGUCCUGCUCAACAAGUGGAUAACCAGCUUCAUGACCUGAGCCUUGACCCCUACAGUCGCCACAUUUACUGGACCUGUGAGACCACCAACACCAUCACAGUUCAGAAGAUGGACGGUCGCAUCGUCGGUGUGGUUGUCAAGGAUGAUACUGAUAAGCCAAGAGCCAUCGUGGUCAACGCAGAAAAAGGGUACAUGUACUUCACUACUGUACAGGAGCACUCUGCUAAGAUUGAAGGAGCGAGUCUGGAUGGAACAGAGAGAGAGUCCUUGUUCUCCACUGGUCUGAUUAGACCUGUAGCUCUGGCUCUGGACAACAAGCUGGGAAAGCUGUUCUGGGUUGAUGCUGACCUCAAACGCAUCGAGAGCAGCGACCUGACAGGGGCCAAUCGCAUUGUCCUGCAGGAUUCCAAUAUCCUUCAGCCGAUGGGGCUGACAGUUCUGGGGGAUCAUCUCUACUGGAUUGACCGGCAGCAGCAGAUGAUCGAAAGGGUAGAUAAACUGACUGGAGAGUUCCGCACACGCAUUCAGGGACGGAUAUCAUACCUGACAUCUAUCCACGCAGCAUGGGAGAUGGACCCAUCAGAGUUUGCAUCCCACCCUUGUUCCCGAGACAAUGGAGGCUGUUCUCAUAUCUGCAUUGCAAAGGGUGAUGGAACAUCAUCCUGCUCCUGUCCCAUGCAUCUGGUUUUACUGCAAGACCUGCUGCACUGUGGAGAGCCCCCCACCUGCUCCACAGAGCAGUUCACCUGCUCCACAGGAGAAAUUGGCUGUAUCCCCAUGGCCUGGCGUUGUGAUGGCUUCCCAGAGUGUGAUGACGGCAGCGACGAAAUGCACUGCCCCAUCUGCUCUGCCUUCCAGUACCAGUGUGAUGAAGGAAACUGCAUCGAUGCUCAGAAACGAUGUGAUGGAGAACCUGACUGUCCUGAUAAGUCUGAUGAGCAUGAAUGCGACACUGUCUGCCCUCCCAACCAGUUCCGCUGUGGGGACAACCAUUGCAUCACUAAGAAACAGCAGUGUGACAAUUACUCAGACUGUCUGGAUGGCUCUGAUGAGCUGGCUUGUGAUUAUAUUUCUCCCUCCUCAAGCUUCAUUCCCAGUAAUGAAACCACCAACCCCAUUGGACCAGUCAUUGCCAUCAUUCUGCUCAUGUUUGUGAUGGGAGGAGCGUGCUUCGUCUGUCAGCGUGUGGUGUGUCGGCGCUACAAGGGUCCUAAUGGGAGCUUUCCUCAUGAGUACAUCAGUGGGACACCCCACGUGCCUCUCAACUUCAUCAGCCCCAGCAGCUCCCAACAUGGCACCUACCAAGGGAUCUCCUGUGGAAAGUCCACCCUGAGCUCAGUCAGCCUGAUGGGCAGCAGCAGCAGCGGAGCCCCUCUCUACGACAGGAACCAUGUGACUGGAGCUUCAUCCAGCAGCUCCUCAUCUACCAAAGGAGCCUUCUACCCAAAGAUCCUGAACCCUCCUCCAUCUCCGGCCACAGAUCGGUCUCUUUACAACACAGAGAUCUUCUAUUCCUCCAACAGUCCAUCUACUACCAGAUCAUACAGGCCCUACCAUCCAGUCCAUGGAGGGGCCCCUCCUACGACCCCCUGCAGCACAGACGUCUGUGACAGUGACUACACCCCCCAUCAUCCCCCUGUGGGCAUGCCGCUGUCGGGGGGGCGCUGGAAGGCCCCGGGCCACGCCGCUCACGGCAAACCUACUAAAUACUACAUGGACCUUAACUCAGACUCAGACCCCUACCCUCCACCCCCUACCCCACGCUCUCAGUACAUGUCUGCUGAGGAAAGCUGCCCCCCGUCCCCUUCCACUGAACGUUCCUACUUCCACCUGUGCCCCCCUCCUCCCUCCCCCUGCACCGACUCAUCAUGACCCUCCAACCGCCCGGUGGAAUCAAAGGGAUGAAGUGGACUCACUUCUUUGUUCUGAAAUAAACUAAUGUGCCAACAGUCAGCCUGACAGGUGGAGGGGUGGGGGGGCUGUCUCAUACCUGCCACUUUAUAUGAACUACAAACUAGGUGAAGUGCCUUCCUCAAGCUCCGCCCAUCCUCUAUCUGAUAUUCCAAUCGUCCUCAGGAAGGCUCCUGUUGAGCCCAUGGCCUGAGGAGAACUGCUGAGGAGCUGUUGGAGUUUUGAGGUGAUGCCUGCUUUGCCUCAAGCCUCAGAAAAGAGACGAGGAGAGAAUUCAGCCCGCAGCUCCUUCCUCCGGUCCCUGGACCUGUUUUUCCUGACAGACCCUGACCUAGCCAUUUCUUCCUUUAACUCUUCAGUGUGGAAAUCUGAACUGAGCAGCUGAAGAGAAGAGGUCACUGAGACUGAAGCCAAGCCACUGGCCAGGGCCUCUGCCCCCCUGCUCUUCCUGCCCCCCUGGCCCUCUGGCCCCAGCAUUUCACCACUGUCCUGCUCCUCUGUCAGUGUUGGCAGACAUGGCAGCAGCAGGAAGCAUUAGGCUGCUAACAGGAAGUCCACCUGAGUCAUAUUUUACUGAUGGAACACAAACACCGUCCCUUGUGUUUUUCAUUCCCUUCUUCUAUUCUUCAAUCUUUCUGUGCUCCCCCGUUCCUUCCUCAUAUCCCUCUGUUCUAUUCUUUCUCUCCUCCUUUUCUCCCUUGUGUUCAUCCUUCUGUCUUUCCAUAUACAGUACAGACCAAAAGUUUGAGCACACCUUCUAAUUUAAUGGGUUUUCUUUAUUUUCAUGACUAUUUAUAAGGCAAGAAAUCCCACUUAUUAAC